AUGCCACUGUCCAUCCACGUGCUGGACCAAGGAAACGAGCGAGCGGCCGCUCGACCCCUGCCCUUGCCGCCGCCGCCCGCCUUAUCUCCCUUGUCGCCCCUCUUCCUUCGCUGCUCGUCCUCCCCUCCGCCGUGUCUCCGCCAACAUCGACGGCCACCGGCGCUGCACCUCGACGUCCACAAGCAGCCCACGCGAGGUGCAGACCACACCCACGAGGAGGUUCGAGCAAAUAACCGCAACGGUGGUUAUUUGUCGGACAUAGGACAAGCUAAUUUGCAUAAAAAGUUCAACGAACGCUCUGGAAGAAACUAUUCGACCCGGCAAAUCAAAAAUAGGUGGGGUGUAUGUAGAAGCGAGUACAACACAUGGAAGACAUUGAUCCAGCAAGCAUCUGGCUUAGGAAGAGAUGAGCAUACACACACUAUUGCAGCUACAAAUGAGUGGUGGGCAUUGGAGAUAAAGGCACAUCCAGAAGCUGCCAAGUUUCGCUAUGCUCCACUAGCGGAGGAGGAAAAAAUGCAUAUGUGCAACCUCCAUUGCCGUUACGUGAUGAGCAUUUUGACAAGUUCGACAAUGAUGCAUAUGUGCAACCUCCAUUGCCGUUUACAGGUGCCAAUGCUCUACCACCAGAAGAUGAUGGUACCAUGA